CACAGACCGAGAGGCACGGGAGGCGGUUGCUGCGGCCGGCGAGUGGGGUCCUGUGGGCUCCUGACGACUCUGCUGCGGCGGGUAGUUUAUAUUAUGAAUUCUCAAGAGAAGACAGAAGAGCAUCCUUUUGCGGAUAUAUUUAAUGAAGAUGAAGCUGAAUAUAACUUUUUGCUGUCUAAACCUGUUUGCUUUGUUAUAUUUGGGAAACCAGGGGUUGGGAAGACAACUUUAGCUCAUCAAAUAACACAGGCAUGGAAAUGUAUUCGUGUAGAAGUUUUACCAAUUUUGGAAGAACAGAUUGCCAGGGAAACUGAAACAGGAGUUAUGUUGCAAUCAAUACUGCUCAGUGGUCAAAGCAUUCCAGAUGAACUUGUCAUAAAGCUAAUGUUGGAGAAGCUCAACUCCCUGGAAGUUUCUCACUUUGGUUAUAUUAUCACUGAACUACCAUCACUUUCACAGGAUGCCAUGACUACUUUGCAGCAAAUAGAAUUAAUUAAAAAUUUAAAUUUGAAACCUGAUGUUAUAAUCAAUAUUAAGUGCCCUGACUACGAUCUAUGCCAAAGAGUUUCUGGGCAAAGGCAGCAUAGUAGUACAGGGUACAUAUACAGAAGAGAUCAGUGGGAUCCUGAAGUCAUUGAGAAUCGUAGGAAAAAGAGGAAAGAAGCCCAAAAAGAAGGAAAAGGAGAAGAGGAAGGUGAAGAGGAGGAUGAGCAAGAAGAAGAAGAGGCAUUUAUUGCAGAAAUGCAAAUGGUGGCUGAAAUUCUUCAACAUGUAGUUCAGAGACCUGAGGAUUAUUUGGAAAAUACUGAAAACAUUGUUAAACUUUAUAAGGAAAUAAUUCUUCAUCCUUUAGAAGAAGUAAUGGCUGAACACAAUUCCCAGUAUCUCAUUGAGCUAGAUGGAAAUAAACCCCCAGAGGAGCUCUUCAUGACAGUUAUGGACCGACUUAAAUAUCUGAACCUAAAAAGAGCAGCUGUUUUGACUAAACUUCAGAGUGCAGAGGAAGAAAUUACUGACAUAAUGGAAAAUGAUGAGCUGUUCCAUACUCUGGCAUCUUAUAAACUUAUCGCACCAAGAUAUAGAUGGCAGAGAAGCCGAUGGGGACGAACAUGUCCUGUGACUCUCAAAGAAGGUAACAUUUUUCCAGGAUUACCAGAUUUUUCUGUGAGUUUUCUAGGUAAAAUAUACUGUCUUUCAUCAGAAGAAGCAUUAAAAACAUUUUUAUUGAACCCACGUCCCUAUCUUCUUCCACCUAUGCCGGCACCACCAUUUAAAGUGUUCAUAUUUGGGCCUCAAUCUUCAGGGAAAACAACACUUUGCAAUUUGCUUGCAGAAAAUUACAAAGGAAAGGUGGUUGAAGAAAACACGAAUAGGUUUUCUGGUGCCCCAAAGUAUGGAGGAUGGAUACUGGACAACUGCCCUGUUAUGAAAGAACUGUGGAUAGUCUUAGUCGAGAAAGGAAUUAUACCUGAUUUAGUAAUCUAUUUAUCAGAUACAGAAAACAAUGGGAAAUAUUUACUUAAUAGACUGUAUUUAGAGAAUAAGACUGAAGUUGACUCUAAGAUUUUAGAAAGAUUAUUAGAUGAACUGCAAAAGAAAAAAAAGGAGGAAGAAGCAGCAAGAAAAGCUGCUGAAGAAGCAUUGAGAAUAGAAGAAGACCAAAGGCUAUUGGAAGCUAUAAGCGAGAAAGCAAAAGAAGUAGAAGAGGCUGAACCGGAGGCUGAAGAGGAGAUUGAAGGUGAGGAGCCUGAAGCUCAGGAAGGGUCUGAGGCCCUGGAGGUAGCCGAGGACACCAAGGGAUCCUUACCUGAGGAGUCUGAAGCACCUGAGGUCCCUGAAACAGAACCUGAAUCAGUAUUUGAGCCUCCUGAGGAUACUACAGUUGGAACAGAAAUUUCAAAAGGAUCCAAAGAGGGCCUGGAAACUAAAGAAUUAUCUGAAACAGUUGUACUCCCUGAGUUUCCAGAAGAUGCUUAUCCUGAUGUUCCUGAAAUGGAGCCAAUUAAAGAGAAGAUUAAACAUUUCAACUACAUGUGGAAACAUCUGGAAGCAACAAUCAAUGAGUCUUUCGUUCAAAUUUUAAACUUGGAGAUUGCUGACAAAACUCCAGAGGAACUACUUCAAAAAGUAGUUGAGACUAUGGAAAAACCCUUCCAGUAUGUUGCAUGGGAGUUAACUAUGGAAGAUUAUGAUGAAGAAACAGAAGACUAUCAGGCAGAAGCUGAAGUUGAUGAGGAGCUAGAAGAGGAAGAGGAGGAAGAGGAAGAGAAUGAAGAUAGAAUUAAGGAGAAGAGAAGGCACUUGGGAGAUACAAAGCACUUUUGUCCAGUGUUUCUCAAAGAAAACUUCAUCCUACAACCAGGCAGCACAGAUGAAGCAGCUAAAUAUCGAGAAAAGAUCUACUAUUUUUCAAGUCCUGAAGCUAGAGAGAAGUUUCUGGAGCAUCCCGAGGAGUACGUGGCUCAGAAAGAACCAUUAAAGGCUCCUCCAGUAAGAAUAUGCCUUAUUGGCCCCCAUGGUUCUGGCAAAACCAUCUGUGGAAGACAAUUAGCAGAAAAAUGGGGCAUUUUUCAUAUUCAGUUUGAAGAAUUUCUUCAAGAGAAACUAAUGCUCAAAACCGAAAAGAAAAUUGGAACUGAAUUUGAAGAAGAUUCUGAUGAAGAACAGUUUACAAAACAAGAACUUGAAGAACUUGCAAUUCAGGCCAAAGUCAAGAUUGAAGAAGAAAAUACAAGGAAGCCGCCUCCAGAUGUACAAUUUACAGAAGAAGAAGAAGCAAUCAGAUUAAAUCUAAUGGAAAAUGAGCCAUUACCUCCUGAAAUUCUUGAAACAAUUCUUUCUGAGUGGUGGCUUAAGGAACCAAUACGUUCCACAGGUUUUAUAUUAGAUGGUUUCCCACGAUAUCCUGAGGAGGCUCUGUUUCUGGGGGAACGUGGAUUUUUCCCAGAUGCUGCUGUUUUUAUACAAGUUGAUGAUCAAGAUAUUUCUGAUCGACUCCUUCCUUCCCAAAUUGAAAAGUGGAAACAGAAACAAAAGAAAAAAUUAGAAAGGAAAAAACUCAUCAAAGAAUUGAAGGCAAAAAUCAAGGAUGCUAUGAUUUCUAAAAGAAGGGCUGAACUUCUAGCAGAGAAAGAAAAAAGACAUAAAGGGGAGAUUGGUAAAGAAGAUGAAGACUUCAGUGAAGAAGAGCCUGAAGAAGAUGAAGAUGAUAUUGACAACAUCCUUGAAGAUGAAUUUCCAAAAGAUGAGGAAGUGAUGAGUGAGGAAGAUGAAGAACAGGAAAUGGAUGCACUUGAGCGCCUGAGAGGUGAACUGGGAGAAAAAUUUGAAGCAGAUAUGAGUAAUUUACAAGGAAUACAGGAUGAAUUUGAGAAGCUUUUGAUCCCAGUGAUUCUCAUCAAUGGAGCUCGAAAAAUCCACAUUGUACAAUAUAAUAUGAAUAUGAAACUGAAACCACUGGUGGAGAAUCGUGAGAGCAUUUUUGAAAAAUGUUAUCCAAUAGCAUCACACCUUGCCCAGAAAAUGCUUAGCUGUACCUAUAAGUAUGUAAGCGCAUUUGGCUACUGGGACCCUGUAAAGCUAAGUGAAGGAGAGACAAUCAAACCAAUUGAAACUUCAGAGAAUCCAGUCCAUGCUGUAAUCCAUCGUCAGUAUAUCUAUUUUUUAUCUAGUAAGGAAACUAAAGAAAAAUUUAUGAAGAACCCAAUCAAAUAUAUCCGCCAACCCAAACCCAAGCCUACUGUGCCCAUUAGGAUUAUACUUCUGGGACCUCCAAAAUCUGGGAAAACUACAGUUGCCCAAAAAAUUUCAAGUGAAUAUGGCUUAAAGCGUUUGUCAGUAGGAGAAGCUUUGCGUUACGUAUUAAACAGCCAACCAGACACAGAGCUGGCACUCAUGUUAAAUUGGCAUCUUCAUAAAGGAAUGACAGCACCUGAUGAACUGGCUAUUCAAGCCUUAGAAAUCUGUCUGAUGGAAAGCACAUGUAAUACUGCAGGUGUUGUCAUCGAUGGCUACCCUGUAACUAAAUAUCAAGUGAGUCUCUUGGAAGCUAGGUCAAUCAUCCCCAUGGUCAUCUUUGAGUUGGAUGUGCCUUCCAAGGAGAUUUUCAAAAGAUUGUUCCUGGAAAAAAAAAAGGAACAAAGUUUGCCUUAUCCACUGCACAAUAGCACACAGAUAACAGCUGUCAAAAACUCAAAAUACCAUAAAAAUAUUGAUGAGAUUAGGAAAUAUUAUCAAGAACAGCAUCAGAACUGGUAUGUGAUUGAUGGAUUUCACAGCAAAUGGUGGGUGUGGAAUAAAGUCAUUAAGAAAGUUCAAAUGGUGAAUAAAUAUAUGCAGAUAUACCUGGAAAGGAUAAAAGCAGGAAAAGCUGCCUGCAUAGACAAGUUAUGUAUCACACCUCAAGAACUGAUUUCUCGCCUGGGCGAAUUUGGACAGUUCUGCCCUAUCAGCCUGGCAGAAUCACAUGAACUAGUUGAUUGCUCUAUAACUGACUCAUUGGAAUUUGCAGCAGAGUUCAGAGGGCACUAUUAUAAAAUGAGUUCUCAGGAAAAUCUGAAUAAAUUUUUGGAGAACCCAGAAUUGUAUGUGCCUCCGUUAGCACCUCAUCCACUACCACCUGCCGACAUGAUCCCCAAAAGGCUGACACUGUCAGAGCUGAAGAGCCGAUUCCCCAAGUGCGCGGAGCUGCAGGGCUACUGUCCAGUGACCUAUCAGGAUGGAAACCACAGAUAUGAGGCCCUUGUACCUGGUAACAUUAAAUUUGCUUUAGAAUAUCGUGAUCGUAUAUAUAUUUGUGAGACUAGAGAAAAACUCGAGAAAUUUUUGAGGUUGCCAGAGAAAUACUGGAGCCAGAAGCUUCCGUACAAACUGCCCCCGUUGAAGGAGCCCAUCCAUCUCACGAGUCUUCCUUUGCCUGGAUAUCUGGAACAGGGUAUCGCAACUUCACUAAUUAAAGCAAUGAAUGCAGCAGGAUGCUUAAAGCCCAAAUUCCCGUUUUUAAGUAUAAAGAGAUCUGCACUACUGUAUAUAGCAUUUCACCUAAAAGCCUUCAAUCCCAAAAGUUCUGAAUAUACCAGAAGGAAGUAUAAGAAGAAGUUGCAGCAAUUUAUGGAGAGUUGUGAACUCAUCACAUACCUGGGUGCCAAGAUGACCAGAAAAUACAAGGAACCUCAGUUUAGAGCCAUUGACUUUGAUCAUAAAUUACAGACCUUUCUCUCUCUUAGAAAUACAGACCCAGUUAAUGGCUAGUUUGCUUGGGCAACUGCAACCAGGACGUCAAGAGUUAUCUGAAAGGGAUAGAAGGAAAUAGGUUGAAAAUCUGGCCCUGUCUGCUGUACUUUUUCCCUUCUGAGUGAUACACCGUGGCUGCCAGCCGUCAAAUGGACUCAAAGCUCUACCGGCCCAGAAAGGGUGCUCUCCUGGAAGCCUACGGCUUGACAUAAUUUAAAAAUGUAUUGCUCUUUGCAUUCAUGAUUUGCAUUCAUACAUUCAUGCUUUAACGACAUAGUUAUUCCAUUUAGAAUAUUUAGGUAACUUAUUUUACUUAAUCUAUUGUUCAAUUUCCUUUUUAACAUUUUUAGCCUCUGUUAAAGAAAA